CAAAUCCCAAAUCCCAAUCCCCAUCAAUUGAUGAGCUACGAGACAAACUGAGAAGGCCCGGGAAGAAGGAAGGUGCCUUGCCCGACUCUCUCCUCCCACCUCUCUCUCUCUCUCUCUCUCUCCAUCUCCCCGUCCCCUUCUUCUUCUUCUUCCUGCAUUUGCUGCGUUUCCUCUCAGCAAACAUCCCAGUCAACCAUCUCCUUCUCCAAAGCUCUCUGCUUUAUUGUUGUUAGUUGGCGAUCUCUGUGGCUGAAACUUUCCCCCCUUUUUUGGAUCCUGUUACUUACGAAUUGCUCAUUCGAUCUCCGUCCCUGUUGCUGCCGUCGACCCGGGAAUUCAGGGUUAAUUACAGUUCGCUGUAUCAAUGGACCCUGCUGAGUUAACCACGCAACAGGUUUUGGAGAGGGACAUCCCAUGGGAGACAUAUAUGACAACUAAGCUCAUCACUGGGACUUGUCUUCAGCUGCUAAGGCGUUAUGAUAAAAGAUCAGAAAGUUACCGUGCCCAGUUGUUGGAUGACGAUGGCCCAGCUUAUGUUCGGGUCUUUGUUUGCAUCUUGCGCGACAUAUUCAAGGAAGAAACAGUUGAAUAUGUUCUAGCUCUCAUCGAUGAGAUGCUUACUGCAAACCCGAAGAGAGCCAGGUUAUUCCAUGACAAGUCUCUUGCAAAUGAAGACACAUAUGAACCCUUCCUAAGGUUGCUCUGGAAGGGUAAUUGGUUCAUACAGGAGAAAAGCUGUAAGAUUCUUGCUCUAAUAUUAAGUGCAAGGCCAAAAACAGAGAAUGGGCUUGUGAAUGGAGAGGAAUCAAGUUCAAAGAAAAAGAUCACCACCAUUAGUGAUGUGCUGAAAGGUCUGGUAGAAUGGCUCUGUGCUCAGCUGAAAAAACCUUCUCACCUAAGUAGGGCUAUUCCAACUGCAAUCAAUUGCCUUUCAGCAGUGCUUAAGGAACCCAUAGUCAGAUCAUCCUUUGUUCAAGCAGAUGGAAUCAAGCUGUUGAUUCCUUUAAUAUCUCCUGCGUCUACACAGCAAUCUAUCCAGCUUCUCUAUGAAACCUGUCUCUGUGUUUGGCUUUUAUCGUACUAUGAACCUGCCAUUGAGUUCUUGGCCACUACUGGAAUUCUCCCGCGACUAAUAGAUGUUGUCAAGAGUUCCACCAAAGAAAAGGUUGUCAGGGUGGUUGUCUUGACCUUUAAGAAUUUUUUGCCCAAAGGGACAUUUGGGGCUCAGAUGGUUGACCUUGGGCUGCCUCAGAUUGUCCAAAGCUUGAAAGCUCAGGCAUGGAGUGAUGAGGAUCUAUUGGAUGCUCUAAGUCAGCUGGAAGAAGGGUUGAGGGAUAACAUCAAGAGAUUAAGUUCCUUUGACAAAUACAAACAAGAAGUCCUCCGCGGCCACCUUGAUUGGUCCCCAAUGCACAAAGAUCCUAUCUUUUGGCGUGAGAAUAUCAUGAGCUUUGAAGAGAACAAUUUCCAGAUUUUGAGGGUCCUUAUCACGAUUCUGGACUCGUCGAGUGAUCCAAGAACUUUGGCUGUUGCUUGCUUUGAUCUCUCGCAGUUCAUCCAGUGUCAUCCUGCAGGGCGGGUCAUAGUGGCGGACCUCAAGGCAAAAGAGCGGGUUAUGAAACUUUUGAAUCAUGAGAAUGCGGAGGUAACAAAGAAUGCCCUUCUGUGUAUUCAGAGGCUAUUUUUGGGAGCAAAGUAUGCAAGCUUUUUGCAAGCCUAAGUAAAGUAUCUCUCGGACGGUUGGGGUCUAGUGGGCAGGUGUGGGGACUCUGAAGAAUGAGGGUUUUCUUGUUUUGUGCUGGUCAGCUGCUUCUAUGCAUUUUCAUUUUUUUCCCCCCUCCUGGGUUCGAAGGGAUGGAUAAAUUCAUAUAUUCUUGUUCACUGUCCGGUCCCAAGGGAUGUUUGACAAAAAUACGCCGCUGAGUUCAUACACCUAAAACAUGUAUGAAAUAUUCUAUUGGUUCCGAGGUUGUAAUAAGUAAGUCUCUAAAAUCUUUUAAGAGGGCAACAUAUAUUAGUUAAGUUUGCUGCCAAUUGUUUCA